AGUAAAGCCUUCAAAUCAAAGCAACUAACGCAACACAAAUCCCCCCUGCUACAGCCUCGGCGACUCGCCAGGAUCUCGUCUCCCCAUCGGAUCUCCGCCCAUUCCAAUGCGCCCAGGCCCUUCUGCUUCCUCAUUUUAGCCGUUUCUCCGAUCGACGAGCCCUUCUCCUCAUGGCGUCCUGGCUCAAGGUCGCCGAAGAUUUGUUUGAAGUUGUGGAUAGAAGAGCAAAACUUGUUGUUAGCGAGUUGGCCGAUGAACAAUCUAGCUCUCAAGGUUUAGGAGUGACACGUGAGCAGAAAGCAUUAAAUGCUGAAGGUGUUUAUUCGAAUCGGAGAAAAUCAAAAGAUAAGGGCCAGUCAAAACCAUCCAUCAUUGAAAAUCCUACAAAUGCUAGGGUUGAUAAUCAACAGGAAAGUAACGAUAAACCAGCAUCAUAUGCAGAGUCUGAUGAACCAACAAACCAUCAAUCUGAGCAUCCUAUAGAUGUUGGAGUUAAUGACAAGGCUGAAUCAAGCAAAGAAUCUCUUUCAGAGACCAGUAAGGAUCCUCUUGUUUUGGAGAUAAAAACUGGUCAGGAGGGACAGAAUGAUGAUAAUAUGGUGGAAGUUCAACCCAAUGAAGAUAAUAUGGAAUCUUCAGCUUCCUUUGUGAAUGAAGACGUUGCCACUUCAAUUAUGAAAAAUAGCAUUGAAUUGUCUUCCUCCCCUUUGUUAGAAGACAAGGAGAUUGAAUCUAUCAGCAAUGGUCAUGCUUUAGAUGAUAAUUCAAAUGCCAACAACAUGGUAAAUGAGGAGACAUCUUUGACUCCUGAAAAAGAGAGAUCAGGAUCUGAAAAACUUGAAAGAGAAAAUGCUGUUAAUGCUGCAGAAAAUGAGAGAGAAAUUUCAAAGUCUACUCCAAGCAUGAACAAGCAGCAAGAGAAUCUAAGUGAUUCUCAUGUAAAGGUUCAAGACCAGCUAGAUGAGGCUCAAGGACUGCUCAAAAGUGCAGUUAAAACUGGUCAAUCAAAAGAGGCUCGAUUAGCUAGGGUUUGUGCUGGUCUUUCGACCCGCCUUCAAGAGUACAAGGCUGAGAACAAGCAGCUGGAAGAACUUCUUGUUUCUGAGAGGGAAUUGAAUAGUUCUUAUGAAGCUCACAUAAAGCAACUGCAGCAAGAUUUAUCAUUAUCAAAAACGGAAGCGGCAAGAGUUGAAGCAAAUAUGUCAGAUGCUCUAGCUGCAAAAAAUUCUGAAAUUGAGACUCUUGUGAAUUCACUGGAUGCUCUAAAGAAAGAAGCUGCUGCUUCCGAAGGAACAUUGGCAUCCUUGCAGCAGAAUGACAUGGAUACUAUGAGAAGGGGCCGUGAAUUAACUGAGACUCGCGUCAUACAGGCUUUGCGUGAAGAGAUUGCUUCUGCUGAACGUCGAGCUGAAGAAGAGCGUGCUGCACACAAUGCUACUAAAAUGGCAGCGGUAGAAAGAGAAGUAGAACUAGAGCAUCGAGCUGUUGAGUCAUCUAAUGCUCUAGCUAGAAUCCAGAGAGCAGCUGAGGAAAGUACAUCAAGAGCUGCAGAGCUGGAGCAUAAAUUAGCUUUGCUUGAGGUAGAAAAUUCUUCUCUGAACCAAGAGCUACAAGAUCUUGAAGCUCGUAACCGACGCGAGCAAAAGAAGUCUUCUGAAGAAGCUAAUCAAAUCCUUCAAAUGCAGGCAUGGCAGGAAGAAGUGGACCGUGCACGUCGAGGACAAAGAGACGCAGAGAACAAGAUUAGCUACUUAGAGGCUGAGUUACAGAAGAUGAGAGUAGAGAUGGCUGGGAUAAAAAGGGACUCAGAACACUAUUCAAGACAGGAACAUAUGGAACUUGAGAAACGAUAUCGUGAAUUGACUGAUUUGCUGUAUCAUAAGCAAACACAAUUAGAAACCAUGACGAGUGAAAAAGCAGCUUUGGAGUUCCAAUUAAUAAAGGAACAAAAACACCUUCAAGAAUUACAGAUAGAAGCAGAAAGGAGUCGGGUUGCCAACAGAGCUUCUACAUCAUGGGAAGAAGAUACUGACAUAAAAGCUUUGGAGCCUCUUCCCUUGUACCAUCGACACAUGAUUGGUGCACACAAACAGUUGCAAAGAGCUGCAAAAAUUUUAGAUUCAGGAGCUGUCCGUGCCACAAGAUUUUUGUGGCGGUAUCCAACUGCUCGAGUCAUCCUGCUAUGCUAUCUGGUAUUUGUGCAUCUCUUCUUGAUGUACUUGUUGCAUCACCUUCAGGAACAAGCAGACAGAGAUGCUGCCAAAGAAGUUGCUGCUUCUAUGGGACUCAAAUCAAGCUUGGCUUGAGGUGGAGUUUAGUUUCAGGUUUACAUGGUCUCCAAUGUCGAGUCGGUUCCAUAAAUUACUCUUCAUUUCCCCCUUUUGUCUUCUUAUUAAAUGUAAAUGCUAUAUUUUUUUCUUGCAAAUCAUUUUUUUUCAAUAACCAUGACAAUGCAUUCACCUCAAACUCUUGAUUGGUAUUUACAAAUCAUGAGAAUGGAAAUGUUAGUAUGAGUUCGAUAUCCAACUAGCUUGUUCUUUCAGCUUGUCUGAUUUCCUGAUUGUGUAUAGUCGCUCACUUGUAUGGAACUUUUUUUUUUUUAAAAAAAACUUGUUUAGUCACAAUUAUUGUUCAAGAAGCAGAAGCUACUGUUAAUGCAUUUAAAGAUUAACGAAAAUGUGAAAUAAAAAUAAGGAAAACAGCAAGUAAACAGGCAUCGACAGAGGCGAGCUCCGUGGGGUGAUGCAAGGAGCAUUGGCGAUGCCACAGGCAUCGACAGGGGAACCUUCUUGCCAGGCGGCUCUUGGGCGUGCGGAAAACUCAUGGGCACCAAAACUGUGAGUAAUUCCAAUUCCACACUGCCAUCAUAAUAUAUCCAUUCAAGUCAAGCUAAAAUCUUUCCUUUAUAAUUACAUGGAAAAAAAAGAGUAUGAUUAAGAUUAAAAACAUUUUAAAGCAAAUCAUCCUCCCAAAACACAGAUUGAAGGAGAACGACACAUGAUAUUUUUCAGUAAACAUCACACUUUGUCGUCAUGGAACCACCACCUGGUCUCCUUGGGAGAUCGGCCAUUCCGACAGGUCUUCACAUACCGAUCGUUAUCAGGCGGUCGUUGCUGCAGCCACAGGACAGAUUUCAGUAUCAAUGUCAUGAAACAUGUGAAUGCUUAGUAAUUUAAUGUGCAAGAGUGUGUGUAGAGAGACCUUCACGGUUGAACUGGAUAACAUGGACAAAAUGCUGACGCACACGGAGCUUACAGUCAUUGCCGGAGACCAGGAGUCAUACAAGAUGUCU